GAGGAGAAGCUCGCCGCAGCCAAUCCAGGCGACGACACCGUCGGCAUCAUCAUCAGUCUCGUCGGCCGUACAGGUCGACGAGCCACGAGGAGAAUGGAACCCACAGUUCGUGCCAACCUCGGGCCAAAGGCCCACUAGACCCAGGAGCCAACCGCCGCCUGCUCGGUCACAAGCGGAUGACCCGUUGCAGAAAGCAGCUGAUAUGUUUCGGGCCUCUGCUCCAGCGGCAAGCAGUAGUCAGCCCCCUGCGCCCGCCAGCGCCUCGGUUGCCGAUUUUCAAAAGACCACACCACCCAAGAAUCCGGGCGCAAAGGGUCCUCCGAAGUUGGUGA